AAGAUUCAAAGAAUGUCUUGAAGCGGCAGCACAAAGAACUCACCAUAUUAUAUUGCCAGAAAGGAAAUGGAAACGCGUCGAAACUUCAAAUUUGCGCUUGACAGCAACAGACAACAACAGUUAUUAAACCACUGCCUCAUUCAAUCACCUUUCUAAAGCAGCAAAAAAUUUUCAAUGCUCAUGUCAGUGUUCACACUUCUAACUCUCAGUUUUGUUAUAUACUCUGUGCUAUUUACUUUACUUGUUUCAGGACCAAGUAAGUUCAUUUUGGUUGGCUGGAGUUUUGUGGGUUUCCAUUGAGUGCUGAAGUUGCCACUUUUGCGGUGUGAAUCUCCUGGGUUGAAUUAUCUCUUUUUACUUAACUUCUCUUCUUGAGAUUGAGUCUUGAAAGGAGCUGGAAAAUGAGAAUACCCGUUCGCCUUUCUGUUUUUGGUUUCAAGACUUUUCGUGAACUUAGCUUUAAUUUCUUUUGAAUUGUGAAGUAGGGGUUGUUUUCAUGCUGGGUUUUUGUUUUUGUUUUUGUCUUGAGUUUCUCCGUAAGAUUGAAGCUUUGGAGGAACUGUGUCUGCCAUUUUAACUUCAUUGGUAAGGUUUACAUGCUCUGUUAUCAUGAAAAUUGCUUUGAGUUGUUUCUUUCUGAUAUUCUUGCUGUCUGCCUCAAUAUUGAGUGUGUCUGCUUUGAGUUUAGAUGGUACAACACUGUUAUCACUGGUUAGGCACUGGAAGAUGGUUCCUCCAACGAUGAAGUUCAGCUGGAAUGCUUCUGAUUCCACGCCUUGUUCGUGGUUUGGGGUGCGUUGUAACCCCAACAACUUUGUUGAUGAACUGAACUUGUCUAACUUGGGGAUUUCAGGUCAACUGGGACCAGAAAUCGCCUACUUAAAGCACUUGACAUCAAUUGACUUGAGCAAUAACAGUUUUUCGGGUUCAAUUCCUUCAGAGCUAGGCAAUUGUAGUCGUCUGGAGGCUUUGGAGCUGUCUCUGAACAGCUUUUCUGGUCAAGUCCCGGAAAGUCUGGGAGAUUUGCAAAACUUGGAGUAUUUAAGCUUGUUCUCCAAUUCUCUUGUUGGAGAAAUUCCUGAAUCCUUGUUUCGUACUCCAUUCCUGGAUACGAUUUCCCUCAAUAACAAUGGGCUUAGUGGCUCAAUUCCAUCAAUUGUUGGAAACAUGAGUGAGCUUGCAUAUCUGUAUUUGGACUACAAUCAAUUAUCGGGAACUAUCCCAUCCUCCAUAGGAAACUGCAGUACACUGCAAGAACUUUACCUGAAUGAUAACUUGCUGGAAGGUGUAUUGCCUGAUAGUUUGAAUAAUCUUGACCAGCUUGUCUCUUUGUUUGUGGAAAAUAACAAUUUGGAGGGCAGGAUCCCGUUGGGUUCGGGAAAUUGCAAGGAAUUACGUAACCUAGUUCUAUCGAACAACAUGUUCAGUGGAGGUGUUCCGCCUGGAUUGGGUAAUUGCAGUAGCUUAACCAAGCUUGCUGCUAUUAGUUGUAACUUAAGUGGACAUAUCCCUUCUUCUCUAGGACGACUCACUAAGCUGAUACUUCUUUACCUGUCUGAGAAUCAGUUAUCUGGAGCAAUUCCACCUGAAUUAGGAAAUUGCAAGGCUUUGUCAGAUCUACAGCUGUAUGGGAACCAGCUCGAAGGUGGCAUUCCAAGUGAAUUGGGUAUGCUCAAUGCACUACAAACCCUCAUGCUUUUUACCAACCGGUUGGGCGGAGAAAUUCCCACCAGCAUUUGGAAGAUUCAAAGCCUUCAAAAUCUUCUCGUCUAUGAUAAUAAUUUUGUUGGUGAGAUACCCCCGGAGAUCACGGAGCUAAAGCAUUUAAGAAAUAUUUCCUUGUUUGAUAAUCAGUUUACUGGAAUCAUACCUCAAGGCUUGGGCAUAAAUAGCAGCCUAACCCAAGUGGACUUCACCAGAAACAAGUUUACUGGUUCUAUACCACCAAACCUGUGCUUCAGAAAGCAAUUGAGGAAGCUUAUAUUGGGUCAAAAUCAUUUUCAGGGAAGUAUUCCUUCUGAUAUCGGAAAUUGCUUUACUUUGACAAGACUGAUUCUUAAACAGAAUAAUCUCACAGGUACGCUUCCAGAGUUUGUAGAAAACCCAAACCUUCUGUUUAUGGAUCUUAGCAACAAUAGCUUCAGAGGGGCAAUUCCCUCAAGCUUAGGGAACCUCACUAGCAUUACCUCAAUGGACUUGUCUCUCAAUAAGCUUACUGGUCAUAUACCUUCUGAGCUAGGAAGCCUUGUGGAGCUUGAGGCUUUAAAUCUGUCUCACAACGCUCUGGAAGGCUGGCUGCCAUCAGAGUUAUCAGGUUGUUACAAAUUGUCAAAACUCGAUAUGAGUCAUAAUAUAUUAAAUGGCACUAUACCGUCCAGCUUAAGAAGCUUGAAGGAAUUAACCAUUUUGGAUCUUAGUGAAAAUCGUUUUGGAGGGGGCAUCCCGACUUCUAUAUUUCAACUUGGAAAGCUUUCAUUUCUGCAGCUUGGUUCAAAUCAAUUAGGAGGGUCCAUUCCUCCUUCGAUAGGACUGGGGAUUGAAGCUCAGAGCCUAAGAUUGUUGAAUCUCAGCAGUAACAGAUUGACGGGUCACGUUCCACAGGAACUGCGAAACUUAAAAAUGCUGGAGGACUUACAUAUCUGCUGCAACAAUUUGUCUGGUAGUCUGGAAGCCAUCGGCAAACUCCAUUCUUUAAUUCAGGUCAACAUAUCCUACAAUGCUUUCUCCGGUCCUGUUCCACCUGCAUUGAUGAAAUUGGUAAUUUCGUCGCCCUCGUCAUUUAUUGGAAAUCCAGACCUAUGUAUCAAUUGUCAUCCACAAUCUGGAGUUAGCUGUCAGGGCUAUAGCACCAUCAAAUCUUGUUAUCUGCAAUCGAGGAAAAGAGGUCUUAAGCAUCUGUAUAUUGCAAUAAUAGUUUGUGGAUCAUUCCUUUUUGCUGUUUUUCUGGUGCUUGGGAUUUCUUGUAUGUUUUUAAGGCACAAAGGCCGAGAACAGAACCUUUCAUUCUCUUUAGAGGAGGGUGCUUCUUCCCUGCUCAAUCAAGUUAUGGAAGCCACUGAAAACCUAAAUGAUAGGUAUGUUAUUGGGAGGGGAGCCCACGGGACAGUGUACAAGGUCACAUUAGGUCCAACUAAAGUGUAUGCUUUGAAGAAGCUUGCGUUUGUUGGGUUUAAGGGUGGAAACACAAGUAUGAUUCGAGAAAUACAGACAAUUGGGAAGGUCAGGCACCGGAAUUUAAUUAGACUGGAGGACUUUUGGUUGCGAAAGGAGUAUGGUUUACUUUUGUACAAUUACAUGAAAAAUGGAAGCCUUCAUGAUGUUCUACACGAAACACGUCCUCCACCACUCCUGGAGUGGAAAAUUCGGUAUAAGAUAGCACUUGGAACUGCUCAGGGACUAUCCUAUCUCCAUUUUGACUGUGAUCCUGCUAUUAUCCAUCGAGAUAUCAAGCCAAUGAACAUUUUACUAGACUCAGAGUUGGAGCCACACAUCUCUGACUUUGGCGUUGCUAAGCUCUUGGAUGAGUCAGUUACUUCAACACCAUCCAGCAUGGUUCAGGGUACUAUUGGAUACAUGGCUCCAGAAAGAGCAUUCUCCACCAAAUGCAGUAAGGAGUGCGAUGUAUAUGCUUAUGGUAUUGUUUUGUUGGAACUGCUUACGAGAAAGAAAGUCUUAGAUCCGUCAUUUGGUGGGGAAGUGGAUAUGGUGGGGAGGGUGAGAUCUGCAUGGAUUGAAACUGAAGAUAUUGAGACAAUCGUGGAUCAUAGUCUUGUUGAUGAAUUUGUAGAUUCCACCAUAAAGGAGCAGGUAAAAGGUGUGUUCUUGGUAGCUUUGAGGUGCACGGAGAGGGAGCCAAGUGCAAGACCGUCUAUGAGGGAUGUCGUGAAGCAACUGAUGGUGGCCGACUCCAGAAGCCGAAGCAAACAUGCAUAGGUAUGGCUGUAGGCAACCUUCGCGAUGGAGCUUCCCUUGGUCAUUAGAAAAUCUAAGUUUGAUUUGUAAAUCUCUGAUGAUCAGUUACUUGAUAGUGCAGAACAAGUAGUUCUUAUGAAGCCUUGCAGCCAUUUUUACUUGAUUGAUUACUGCACAGGCAUUCACUUGGGAAUUGUAAGUUAAUUAAACAUUGUGAUUAUAUUAGUUGCAAGAUAUAAAUGACAAAAAUUUACAACUUGUCAAA